AUGGUGGACUCUGUGAACAUGUCUCGAUCCAAGUCCCGGUCUGCGUGUUUCCAGCUGCAACUGCUGGCACUGUUGUUGCUCUCGCUCAACAUAUGUUGGCAGCACUGUGGGGUUGCGGAGGCCACAGCUGACAGCGCCGCCAAGUCAAAAGCACACAUCGCUGACUUGUUUCCUGCCCUCAAAGAGUUCUCCACACACACUGUGAUACGACCCCAAGUGCAGCACGCCCGCACACGGCAGGACCUGCAGAGCACUCUGGAUGCGGCGGACGGCCUGCACACGCCGCACAUCAGCCUGAGCUACACCCACGAGGGGAAGCGCGUCCAGGUGGACUUGCAGCGCAAUGAUCGCCUCCUGCCCGACACCCACUUUCUGCGCUAUCAGAACUCCAGCAGGGGAGCAGCAGGAGCAGCAGCAGCAGGAGGCCAUGUGGUGCAGAAUUUCACCAAGACUGAGGUUGAUUUAUGCCACUAUCAGGGACACAUACGCGGCCAACCGGACUCGACUGUGGCCCUCUCCACCUGCGGCGGGGGACUCAACGGCAUCGUCUUCGACGGCCAGCAAACGUAUACCAUUCAUCCCCAUGUCGAUGGCACUGGCCGACUGCAUGAGGACCACUAUCUGCUACGGCACGCAGACAUGCAUCCGCAGAAUGCUACCUGUGGCUACGAGAGCCACAAGGACAACCACAACCACAACAUCGAGGACCAUGACGACGAGGAGGAGGAGGAGGAGGAGAAACCUUCACUGCCACAUCGAUUGGAUGGCGGCGAAUUCCAGCGCUUGCUGCGUCGGAAGCGACGCCAGGCCGAUGACAGCCGUCAACUGAUCCGAGGACCCUACAAUGCCAACAAAUACUCGAGCUACGUGGAGCUGGUCAUUGUGGUGGACAACAAGGUGUUCAAGCACUUUGGGGAGAGCACCAAGAAGGUCCACGAGCACUGCAAGAAUCUGGCCAACAUUGUGAAUGCACUGUAUGUACCCCUGAACAUAUUUGUGGCCCUCGUGGGCGUGGUCAUAUGGAACGAAUCGAACGAGAUUGAGUUCUCCAGCGACGGAGAUGUGACGCUGAGGAACUUCCUCAAUUAUCGGAGCACCAAACUGGUGCUGGAACACCCCAACGACAAUGCCCAGCUGCUCACGAAGGAGACCUUCGCGGGCGGGGUGGUGGGCAAGGCCCUCAAGGGUCCCAUCUGCACAUACGAGUACUCCGGGGGCGUGAGCAUGCAGCACAGCCCCGUCACGGCGAUGGUGGCCACGACGAUGGCCCACGAGAUGGGACACAACUUUGGGAUGGAACACGACUCGCCCGACUGCCACUGUCCGGACGAGAAGUGCGUGAUGGCCGCCUCCAGCACGUCGGUGGUGCCCGUCAGCUGGAGCAGCUGCAGCAUCGAUCAGCUGACGAUCGCCUUCUCGCGGGGAAUGAACUACUGCCUGCGGAACAAGCCGGAGCGGCUCUUCGACUCGCCCACCUGCGGCAACGGGUUCGUGGAGCCCGGCGAGCAGUGCGACUGCGGCCUGCCCGAGCACUGCCGCAACAGCUGCUGCAAUGCCACCACCUGCAUGCUGCACACGAACGCCUCCUGCGCCACGGGCGAGUGCUGCGACCUGGACAAGUGCCGGCCCAAGCUGGCGGGCAGCGCCUGCCGCGAGGCCGAGAACGAGUGCGACCUGCCCGAGUACUGUACCGGGGAGUCGGAGUACUGUCCCACCGACGUCUAUCGCCGCGACACGGAGCCCUGCGACGGCGGACAGGCGUACUGCUUCCACGGCAACUGCCGCUCCCACGCCAACCAGUGCCGCAUCCUGUGGGGAACCACGGGGGACAACUCGGUGCACUGCUACCACAAGAACAUGGAGGGCACGCGGCUGGGCAACUGCGGCUACAAUCGCCUCAACAAGACCUUUGUGCAGUGCGAGGCGAGGCACGUGAACUGCGGCAUGCUGCACUGCAACCACCUGAACGAGCGGCUGGAGUUCGGCAUGGAGUCGGCCGCCGUCCUGUCGCACUCGUACGUCAGCCACGACCGCAAGAUUGUCGCCUGCCGCACCGCCCUGGUGGAUCUGGGGCUGCAGACCACCGAUCCCGGCCUCGCCCCGAACGGGGCCAAGUGCGGCGACGACAUGAUGUGCGUGGACCAGCGAUGCCUGCCCGUCGAGCAGGUGCGCCAGCGCGGCAUGGGCACCCCCUGCCCGGACGACUGCAGCGGCAACGGUAUAUGCAACAGUCGGGGGCACUGCCACUGCGAUGUGGGCUUUGGCGGCGAGUCGUGCGCCAAGGCCGGCUCGGGCGGCUCCCAGGACAGCGGCCCAGCCACGGACCCGAAUGGUGCCCUGGGCAUCAAGCGGUUCCUCUGCCUGCUGUUCUUCAUGGUGCUGCCCCUGGUGGCUGUCUCCUGGCUGCUCUACCACUGCCACAAGAAUGGAAUGUUCCCCGGCGGAAAGCUGUCCGACAAUAUCUUGAAGACCUCUGGAUCGGGGCCCAGCAAACCCAUCGCCUCGCGCUCCAAUCAGAAUGGCAGCGGACCACCGCCGGGCAAUGGACUGCCCAAGUCGACGCCCAGCAGCACAGACGACAUGAACUCGGCUCUGUUGAAGUCGCCGAGUGACUCGAAUGAUCCCAGCGCCGGCGCUGGAAUGUUCGGAAAGUUCCAGGGAUUCACCCUGCGCCCCCUGACCGCCACCUCGCCGGUGAGCAACUACAGCGGUCCGAACGUGGCCUUUGUGCAGCCCACUGUGCAGCAGGAUAACGGAGUGCCGCAGCGCAUGGCCCCGCCACCGCCGGUGGCCAAGACGGAGACUCUUCCGGGCACAGCUACAUCGCCGGAGGGCACAAAAACCGGCGCCACUUGGCCUAGAGCGGCGCCCGCACUGCCACCACCUAAUCCGGGCUCCACUGCCCGCCCCAUUAUAUCACAGCCUGUGCUGGACUCGAGCACUCGGACCUUGGUGCCCCUGAAAGGAAGCACCGAGGAUUUGUCACCCAAUCGACAGGCACCAGCUCCACCGGUGCCCCUGCAUGCCGAUCCCAAGCUGAACGUGAAGCGGGACGGGACCAUACGUCGCUUCGCCUCGUUCCUCAAGAAGGAGGACAAGCAGCCGCUCAAGGAGAAGACCUACAUCGACCGAGAGCGUCUGCGGACCCUGGAGAUAUCCGCACCCAUGCCCGUGCCAGCUGCUCCGCUGACCGAGUCCUCGAACUCGGAUUCGGAGACCACGCCCCGCGAGGAGGAGACCAAGAACCUGGUCAAGCGGGCCCAAUCGAUGCGAUCGCCCACGAAGAAGGUGCCGCUGCAGACCUUCGGCUCCAUGCGCUCUCCGCCCGGCCUGCCACGGCCCAAGAGUCAAGUAAACAACGGCGGCGGAUCAUCGCGACCCAAGUCGCCGCCACCACGUCCACCGCCGGUUCUGAAGAAAACGGAUUCUGUCAGCUCCUCGGGCUAUCAGCGUCCAGUGGGAGCCACCCACAUGUCGCCAGAGAACACCUACGACGACUGUGAGUGUGUGGAGACGCGGGCAUCCAACGACGACAUCUACUCGGUCAUCGACGAGAUACCGCCGGCGGCCCAGACGCUCAAGCGCAGCGAUCUGGUGGCCAGUCUGGCCAGCAACGGCAGCGGAGACAUGGGACUGCUGGGCGAGAUCGUGAAUGAGUUUGAAAAGCUCAACGGAGACUCCAUCUACUCCGGCAAGCCAGCGCCAACUCCACCGGCAGCGGAAACCGCAUCCAUGGAGGCGCCCCGAAGUCCCCAGCGUCCGGCACCGCCCAAGCCGGCAAGCAGCGUGAUUGCCCCGGCAGAGGAUAAGUCUACAGCAGCAGCUGCGGCUGCUCCCACAUAUCUACGCUCAACGGCUGUCAAUGCACCCGUGGCUCGGGUGGCGCCCACCCUCUCGGACAUAUCGCCCUCGCGCGCCUUCUCUAGCUUCAAGCCGACGCAGGCGAGCAGCAAGGCGACACCAGCGCCAGUAGUCGUCCUGCCAAAACGGACUGGUAGCAGCAUUGGCAAUUCAACGCGUCCCAAGUCCUUCAUGAAGAGCACAGCAAAAGCACUACCCAAUGGAACGACAGCUGCACCAUCGGCCACAAUACAGAAGCCCAAGCCGCUCUCGGCCAAGCCAUCAUUCAGCGGCGGCUUAGGAAAGCGAGGCCCUGGCGGAGCGGGCUCUGCGAUAGUGCCCACGCCACCAACAGUGAAGGCAGGCGGGGGGUCGGCGGCGCCAAAGUCCAACAUUGCAUCGCUGACGCAGCGCUUCGAGGCGAGCAAGUAGACUAAGGAAUAGACAUGGAGCAGGGAUCAGCUGUAGGUCUAGGUCAAGAUCCCUCCGUUGAUCCGUUUUGAUCCUUGCUCUGUGGGAAACAAGUCUUAAGCUAAAUUUUUAGAUAAGAUACGAUCAAAUUUUAUUUGGCACUGACUACGACUACGACUUCGACAACGACGAAGAUGAUGGAGCCUAGCGCGUCGUUUAAAUUCAUUCCUCUACCGAUGUCCCCACUAGUUAGAUGUAAGGCUAAGGCGCUGCUUGACUACUCAUGUGCUAAGUACUAUGUAUCUCAAUGAUUAAGAUUUAAGCUCUGCAUGUGAAGUGUGUUAGUUUAGGACCUAGCGAUAUAUAUGUAUGUAUAUUCUAUUCUAUGGUAAUCCCCAUCAAUGUAUUUAUGUAUAUCUUUAUACGCUAUAUAUAUAUAUAUAUGCUUUUGUAAAUAAAAACCAAAGAAGUUCAAUUGUCACAACAAAUGCGCCGCCUCACCCGCCACGAGAAACAAACCCGCUAAAGAAGUUGUACAGUCGGAAUAUAAAAGAACAAAUGAGUUGAUCCAAUAGCGAAAUCAAUUAUAAAUGUCUCAAUGUUUUCCCUACAUAUAUAAAGCCGAUAUCAAAACAAAUUUAUCUCAUACGUUAUGUUGAAAUAUAUAUUUAACGAAAAGUAAAAUCCACAA